UUAUCAUUGCAUGAAGUGUCGCUUUUUAAAUGAUUUCAAAUUCAAAAUAAAAAAAUGUAGACAUGCGUUCACGUCGAAAGCUGGCGACCCCUCCGGACAGAUUAUUUGAGGGUAUCUAUAUGGGUAAUAGAGACGCUAAAUCCAAAUAAAAGACGUAAGUUUUAUAUAGUCAUAGACGUGGUUCCAUCUUUCGUCUUAUCACAGUCCCAUAACUGUAUAUAAGAUGAUAAAAUGUGGAUGCGGCGCAAACGUAAAUUAGAAUUCUAUACGUUAAGGUGAAUCUGUGAAUCGUAAGAUUAGAAACCACACAAUGCCUGAGCCAAUUGUUAACGAGUUUCAUGUGGCGCCCGUCUGGCUUACUCACGAUUACGUCGAACAGAAGCUGCGCGUGUACUUUAAGGAUGCCAAACUGCAACUGAUGGAAUUACAGGUGACUCCAGGGACUGCUAACGGGAAGAACUACGCCAGCGUGAUGACGCGCAUUAAUGUAGAGUUUAAGGACAAGGAUCUGGCAAAUCAGCGAGCCACAAGGAUCCAGCUGCGCAUCUACUCCCUACGGCAUCUAUGUGCGAGAAAUGGAUAUGUACCAGGAGGUGCUUUCCAAGUUGGCUGCAAAAGUAAUUAGAUCCUUGGAGGAUGAUAAGGAGUUGCAUGAUCGCUAUGCUGAGAAAC